CGGCUCGUGGCCUGCGCGCGCGUGUGUCGAGCCCGCGCUCCGCUCCUCUCGUCCUUCCCGGUGACUUUCCCUCCUUGUCCCUGACCGGUAUUGGCAGAGGUCACAGCAGGCAGAGUGGUGCAGCUACAGCUUGGAGCGGCAGCUGCGGGGUUCGCAGAGCCCCCCAAAAAGCGUUCGGAGCGCGGGGAGAAGCGGCGAGAGCGGCCGCGCGCCCACCGCUAGGUGCGGGGCUCGGAGCCGCCCAGCCCGCGCGCGCCCUCCUCCUUCGUCCCUCCUCCCUCCGCCCCCGCCGCACCUCCCCCUCCUCCCGCUCUGCCUCGGCUGCUCCGCCGCGCGCCUCGCACUCGCAGAGCCGCAGCGGCAGCGGCGCGUCUCGCCUUUGGAGACAGAGCCGGGCCGCGGGGGACACCGAGCAGUCGCCGCGAGGACGCCAGGGCGCGCGCCGCACUCGCCCUCCCUUGGCCUCGGCCACCACUGCUGAGCCGCCACCAUGGCCCGCGGAAAAGCCAAGGAGGAAGGCAGCUGGAAGAAAUUCAUAUGGAACUCGGAGAAGAAGGAGUUUUUGGGCAGGACCGGUGGCAGUUGGUUUAAGAUCCUUCUGUUCUACGUGAUAUUUUAUGGCUGCCUGGCUGGCAUCUUCAUCGGAACCAUCCAAGUGAUGCUGCUCACCAUCAAUGAACUGAAGCCCACAUACCAGGACCGUGUGGCCCCGCCAGGACUGACACAGAUCCCUCAGAUCCAAAAGACUGAAAUUUCCUUCCGUCCUAAUGACCCCAAGAGCUACGAGGCCUAUGUGCUAAACAUCAUCAGGUUCCUGGAAAAGUACAAAGAUUCGGCCCAGAAGGAUGACAUGAUUUUCGAGGACUGUGGCAGUAUGCCCAGCGAACCCAAGGAACGGGGAGAACUUAAUCACGAGCGGGGAGAACGAAAGGUGUGCAGGUUCAAGCUCGACUGGCUGGGGAACUGCUCUGGAAUCGAUGAUGACUCUUUCGGCUACAAAGAGGGGAAACCCUGCGUCAUCAUCAAGCUCAACCGAGUUGUGGGCUUCAAACCUAAGCCUCCCAAGAAUGAGUCCUUGGAGACUUACCCAGCGGCGAAGUAUAAUCCAAACGUCCUACCUGUUCAGUGUACUGGCAAGAGAGAUGAAGACAAGGAUAAAGUCGGAAACAUCGAUUACUUCGGAAUGGGUGGAUUUUAUGGCUUCCCUCUGCAGUAUUACCCCUACUAUGGCAAACUCCUGCAGCCCAAGUACCUGCAGCCCCUGCUGGCUGUACAGUUCACCAACCUCACCUUGGACACUGAGAUUCGCAUUGAGUGUAAGGCAUAUGGUGAGAACAUUGGGUACAGUGAGAAAGACCGUUUUCAGGGACGCUUUGAGGUAAAAAUUUUAAUUAAGAGCUGAUCACGAGCACAAAUCUUUCCCACUAGUCAUUUAAUAAGUUAAAAAAGAUACACAAACCUACUAGUCUUGAACAAACUGUCAUACGUAUGGGACCUACACUUAAUCUCUAUGCUUUACACUAGCUUCCGCAUUUAAUAGGUUAGAAUGUAAAUUUAAAGUGUAGCAAUAGCAACAAAAUAUUUAUUCUACUGUAAAUGACAAAAGAAAAAUAAAAAUUGAGCCUUGGGACGUGCCCAUUUUUACUGUAAAUUAGAUUCCAUAACUGACUUGUAGUGAGCCGUGCUCUGGCCCCUAAGUAUUGCUGCCUCGUCUGUUUUAUUUAGUGUACAGUACUAUAGGUGCGCGCUCUGGUCAUUUUUCAAGCCAUGUUUUAUCAUAUGUUUUCUACUUUACGUGAGCAAGGUUUGCUGUCCAAGGUGUAAAUAUUCAAUGGGAAUAAAACUGGCAUGGUACUUUUUCCUUUUCUUUCUUAUUUUUUUUGGCUCUGAAAUUUCAAAGAUAAUGGCCCAUCGAUGAGCAUUUUUAACACACUCCAUAGUCUUUUCCCUGUGGUAUCAGGUCUUUAUUUUUAUCUCUAUUUCCUGGGGCUGGGGGCGGGGGUGGGCUGUCAUGGGGGAACUGCCCUUUAAGUUUUAAGUGACACUGCAGGAAAACAAAGGUGGUGGGCUGUGCUGUGCUCCGGGCUGUGCUGUGCUCCGGGCUGUGCUGUGCUCCGGGCUGUGCUGUGCUCCGGGCUGUGCUGUGCUCCGGGCUGGAUGCUGUCCGCCAUCUUUCCCCUGUCCUCCAGUGUGUUCUGAAGCUGUGUCAGGUCUGGGUCUGCCCAUCACCUUGGCUAGUGAUGGGGCUCAUUCAUUUGCUUUGUCCGUUUUCUUUUCCUUCUUUCUUUCUCUGGAGGCAUCAUGUGCUGGUGCUGUGUCUUUAUGAAUGUUUUAACCAUUUUCAUGGUGGAAGAAUUUUAUAUUUAUGCAGUUGUACAAUUUUAUUUUUUUCUGCAAGAAAAAGUGUAAUGUAUGAAAUAAACCAAAGUCACUUGUUUGAAAAUAAAAUCUUUAUUUUGAACUUUAUAAAAAGCAAUGCAGUACCCCAUAGACUGGUGUUAAAUGUUGUCUACAGUGCAAACCCAUGUUCUAACAUAUGUAAUAAUUGCCAGGAGUACAGUGCUCUUGUUGAUCUUGUGUCAGUCAGGUUAAAACAACGGACAAUAAAAGAAUGAACACAUUC